AUGGAGGUUUCUGUACGAGUUGGUAAGGCCCCUGUGGCUCCACACGCUGAAUCGGACACUUUCUCAGACGAUUUCACCGCCACAGGACCCCACCAUGACCGUUCAUCAAGCGUUGCAACCCGCAGGCGCUUUUUCCGUGGUUUUCGAAAUGGCACUUCCAGACUAGAUUCAACCCAUUACAACUCCCAAAAUCUUCGGCAUGACGUCUUUCAAUCAAGACGGAGCGACCCCUACUCAGAGGUCUCACCUUCUGUUCCGAGGAACACGGAUGAUUGCAGCCCACACUCUGUUGACCCCGCUUACGUCUCUCCAAAUGUGGAAUCCUCAGAUUUUCCCGCUUCAUUGACCGACAAAAAUGUAAUGGAUACGGAACUUCGCAAUAGUCUUGCGUAUCUUAACCGUCGUUUACAGAAUCGCAGUGUUUCUGUGGAGCUUACUGCUUUCUUUGAUCUACUGUCCUCGGUGGAGGAUUUUCGAAAGCGACUCAAUAACCAUGCAUUUUCCCUUUCAACCCAAUUGCUUGCUAUUGAAUCCAGUUUGGCAGCGACGGAGACAAAGACACAUACCCUUGGUGAAAAGUCUACUUCAGGGCACAGCAUAGACGAGGGCAACACUGCCAGUGCAAAUGCACAACCACAUGUCAGCUCCGAACCUCCUACUCAGAGGUUGAAAGCGCUACUUGGAGAGCAUCGUCGUUACGUUAAAGAGUUCCAAAGU